AUGCGUCGUCGACGCGCGCGCGUGCACGCGUUCGCACUCGUGCUGACGUGCGUCCUGAUGUCACUCGCGUCUCGCGCGCGCGCGAGGGAGAUUGAAGAAAACCCGCGCCGGGGACGCGCGUUACGACAAAUUCUCGCCCCGGCGAGGUACAGCGCGGUGUCUUUUCGCGAUGCCUUGUAUGAACUCGGCGAAGCGCUCGUUGAUUUGGCCUUGGUGCCGAUCCAGUUUCGUUGGGUGGACGAGAUGAACGCGCGCGCGCGCGCGACGCCCGAACCCGAGGACGGCGUCGACGCGUACGAGAUCCGCGACGGCGACGACCUCGUCUACGCGGGGGAGCCGUACGAGAUCGCCGCCGAGGAUCGAGACGACCGCGUCGUGCGUCAGUGGCUCAGAGAGGCGGCGCAGAACGACGGGGAAUGA